CCACUCAUAUCAGGAAGAGAAAAAAUGGCUUCUACCGUGAACUCAAACAAAGAGGCAGGUUCUAUCGCAGAUGAUGGCGAGAGUACGGACCCAGAGAAGAUCAAGAAAUACUUGUUCCGAAUUGCCAUGCAAAGCAAUUGGGAAGAAGUUGUUAGAACCUAUGAGCUCAACGAGAAGGCUCGUGGGGCAAGAAUCACCAAGUCAGGUGACACAGCACUACACAUAGCAGUAUCCGAUGGCCAAGAAGAACAUGUUGAAAAGCUAGUAAAACUGAUUACCGAAGAGGAGCUUAAAAUUAAAAACGAGCGAGGGAAUACCCCGCUCCACGUCGCAGCAUGGAUGGGAAACGAGACAAUGUGUUCGUGCAUUGCCAAAGAUCAUCCAUCAUUGGUCGGUGCUCUGAAUGUAGACAAUGAGACUCCUCUAUUCUUGGCUGCUGCCUAUGGUAAAAAAAAUGCCUUCUUACGCAUGCACUACAUCUUUACCCCUACCCUUGGAGAUGAUCAUGAGAAACGCUACAAAUAUUGUAGGAGGAAUGACGGUGAUACCAUCUUGCAUUCUGCAAUUUCCGGGGACUACUUUGAUUUGGCAUUUCAGAUAAUUGACUUGUAUGGAGAUCUUGUUAAUUAUGUCAAUGAACAAGGCUUUUCCCCUCUCCAUCUUCUGGCUACCAAGCCUUCUGCCUUCAAAAGCGGUAGCCACCUCGGCCUAUUCCAGAAAAUUAUUUACUACUGUAUUUAUGUUGAUGAGCUCAAGGCGGAGCGCUGGGAGCCAUAUAAUGAGGGAAUAAUUAAGACAUCGGAAGAGAAACCCAAUUAUCCAGAAAACUACCAGAUAUGCAUCAACUUCAUUAGGUUGUUCAUGGAAACAAUUCCCAGUGUUAUCAAAAACGUCGUCCAAGCCAAUCAGAGACAGAGGAGAGAAAUAAAAUCAGCAGAUCCAGAGAAACAGCGUACCCUCAACCCUUCAAAUUCAGGGUCAAAAUCCAAUGAUCUAAGUCAAGGACACCAAAAGUUUCCCAGAAACUACACAACCUGCUUUGAGUUUGUCAAGCUUAUAUCAAAGGCAAUGCUGAUUGUUCUUGGAUUAGGAUCUACCCAGAUAAGAAAGAUAAGGGAAAAGAAAAAAAAACACAAAUGGUCUGUUCAGAUCAUGAUCAUGAACGAAUUGUUAAAACGAGCUGCCAUGUAUGAGUAUGAAGACAGUGGUAUGAAUCCGCAGGUCACCACGGCACCUUCCCACAAAGAAAAUGACAUUGAUGAAACCACACCUUAUAACAUUGCUGAUGGCGGCCCCAUCCUCAUGCCCCCCGAUAGCGCCGUCCCCGCCCCCAUGCCUGAACAGAAGGCUGAGAAGCCAAAUAAUGGCAAAGAAAAGAUCCCAGAAGCAGAUAAAAAGGCGGAGGAAAAUAAAACCCCAAGCGCAAACAUGGAAUCGCCAAUACUGAUUGCUGCAAAAAAUGGGGUGACUGAAAUGGUGGAGAAGAUCCUUGAACAUUUUCCGGUGGCGAUACACGAUAUGAACACAGAGAAAAAGAAUGUAGUGUUGUUAGCAGUGGAAUACAGGCAACCCCUUGUGUACAACCUCUUGCUAAAAAGGAAAAUCCUGAAAGAAAGUGUGGUCAGUACAGUGGAUCAUGAAGGGAAUAGUGCAUUACAUCUAGCAGCAAAGUUGGGAGAACAUAAGCCUUGGCUAAUUCCUGGAGCUGCGCUGCAAAUGCAAUGGGAAAUCAGAUGGUAUGAGUAUGUAAAAACCUCCAUGCCACUACACUUCUUUGCCCGCCACAACAAGAAGGGCAGGACAGCAAAGGACAUCUUCACCGAAACCCACGACACAAUCGUCAAGACUGGGGGGGAGUGGCUGACCAACACCUCCAAGUCCUGCUCUGUCGUGGCCGCCCUCGUUGCCACUGUCGCCUUUGCAACCUCAACCACCAUCCCCGGCGGCAUGAACAAAAAAAGCGGAAAACCAACCCUAGAAAACCAGCCAGCUUUCAACAUCUUCGCCAUUGCCUCCCUGGUCGCCCUCUGCUUCUCCGUCAUGGCCGUGGUCAUGUUCCUAGCCAUCUUAACUUCCCGGUACCAAGAGAAGGACUUCGGUAAGGACCUGCCGAGAAAGCUUUUGGUAGGCUUGACGUCACUGUUUGUCUCUAUAGCUUCCAUGUUGGUUUCUUUUUGCACGGGACAUUUUUUCGUGCUUAAAGAUAAGCUCAAAUACGCUGCAUUUCCGGUUUACGCCAUCACUUGCUUGCCGAUAACCUUUUUUGCCAUAGUGCAGUUUCCACUAUACUUUGAUCUGAUUUGGGCUACUUUUAAGAAGGUACCACAACGGAGUUACAAGAUAGUUCCUCUUUAAUUUCAACACCAACAGCCCCUAUUUACAUGGGGAGGUAAACUUGAGUUACAAAAUUAAACAUGCAUGUGUACUUUGAUUUCAAUUUGCAUGUUUUGCUUUAGUUGCCAAUUUGUUGGAAUUUGUGCUUCAUAUACUUUGUUUUACGGUCGUCAUUCAGUUUUUAAAUUUAUUGUUCUUAAAGUGUGUC